AUGAGAGGUUGGAGCAGGCCGCCGGCGGGACUCCGCAUCGCCGCCGUCCGGCAACCUGAGCCGCCGCUCUCCCCUCGCCGGCCCCUCCCCUCCGCACCCAUCGCCGGCCCACCGCCCACUCGCGCUCGCGCUCGCCACGCGCCGCUCGCCCACUCGCCGCCGCCGUCGUUCCCGCCGUCUCCGUGCGAGGCGUCGGCCUCCCUCCGCCCCCGCCCCCGCUGCAGCGGCUCCUGCUCGCGCCGGCCCUCCACGCCACAUCUACAGCAGAGGGAGAAGAGGGGGGGGGGGGGGGGGGGGGGGCUAGAGGACGAGCACGUGCACGAGGCCCGCCGCCGGAACGAACUCUCCCACGAAGCCGGCGCCCCGGACGCCGCCGCCGCCGAAGCAGCAGCACCGCCUGCACUGCCUCGCCCCAUCUCGGCAUCACCUCGCCACGGCGCCACCCUUCACCUCCGCGAGCCGCCCGGUAGGAGAAUUGAAGAGCGACGACGACGCUUGUUGCCUGAAACCGUGGAGAUGCUGACCUGCAUAAAAGAUUGGGAGCUGGGAGAUAGAAGGGAACAACACUCUGUGGACAACCCAGAUUUGGAAGUCUCGUUCAUAAAUUUGUAUCAUGAUAAAAAGGAAUCUGGGGCUGCUGAUGGUACUUAGUGUUUGUGAGAGACUGAGUGUGAAGAGAGUGAUCUGUACUGUCAUUGUGAGACUUUUGAACAAUGGUUUGUAAUACUUCUUUCUAGGGUUUCUCACAAGGGUGAGUUUUACCUAUAUAGGUUUUUAAUGAGGCAGCAUUGUAUAAAUAGCUCAUUUAUCAUAAUUCUUUUGUCUGCCUGGUGCUUUUGAUUUGGAAUU